UUACAUGCGCAUCACGAAUCGUGUAAAUACAGUAGCGAUUCGCCGGAUUUCUAAUCAAUUUUUGAGUUUUCCUGCUUGUAUUUCGGCCUUUUUGCGACAUGAAAACAGUUUUGUGAACGUUUGACGUAUCAACGAUUGAUUUUUGAAGCAAAUUUUGCUGAAAUUUUUCCUGAAGAGGUGCCGAAACUUCUUCCAAAAUGCCGCGUGUGAUGAUCAAGGGCGGUGUUUGGAGAAACACCGAGGAUGAAAUCCUCAAGGCGGCGGUGAUGAAAUAUGGCAAAAACCAAUGGUCUCGAAUCGCAUCGUUGUUGCACAGAAAGUCGGCCAAGCAGUGCAAAGCCCGUUGGUAUGAAUGGUUGGACCCGAGCAUCAAGAAGACCGAGUGGAGCAGGGAGGAGGAUGAGAAGCUACUGCACUUGGCCAAGUUGAUGCCCACACAAUGGAGGACCAUUGCACCCAUCAUUGGCAGGACAGCUGCUCAGUGUCUCGAGAGAUACGAAUACCUUCUGGAUCAAGCUCAAAGAAAGGAAGAGGGAGAAGAGGGAAUGGAUGACCCGAGGAAGCUGAAGCCGGGUGAAAUUGAUCCGAACCCAGAAACUAAGCCUGCUAGGCCAGAUCCUAAGGACAUGGACGAAGAUGAACUUGAGAUGCUGUCGGAGGCAAGGGCCAGAUUGGCCAACACUCAAGGCAAGAAGGCCAAACGCAAGGCCCGAGAAAAGCAGCUGGAGGAAGCCAGGAGGUUGGCUGCUCUACAGAAACGCCGAGAAUUGCGUGCUGCUGGAAUUGAAGUGCGUCAGAGAAGGAAGAAGAAGCGCAUGGUUGACUACAAUGCUGAAAUUCCCUUUGAGAAAAGACCAGCUUUGGGCUUCCACGACACUGCCGAGGAAACUUUCAACCCUGACGACAUUGAUUUCAACCACUUGAGGCAGCAGCAUCUCGACGGAGAGCUGCGAAGUGAGCGUGAGGAAAGGGAUAGGCGCAAGGACAAGCAGAAGCUCAAGCAGAGAAAGGAGAAUGAUAUGCCUAUGGCCAUGCUUAACAACCAGGAGCCAGCACGGAAGAGAAGCAAACUUGUGCUUCCCGAGCCACAAAUUUCCGAUCAGGAGUUGCAGCAGGUGGUCAAACUGGGGCGAGCCAGUGAGGCGGCCAGAGAGGUGGCCACUGAGAGUGGCCAGCAGUCUUCAGAUACCCUCUUGGCCGACUACUCCCUGGCCACUCCCACUACGAUGCAAACGCCUAGGACUCCGGCACCACAGACGGACAAAAUCCUCCAGGAGGCACAGAACAUUAUGGCUCUGACGCAUGUGGACACUCCAUUGAAGGGAGGAUUGAACACACCCCUUCAUGAGUCAGACUUCAGCGGAGUUACCCCUCAACAUGGGGUAGUUGCCACUCCAAAUACUGUGCUUGCCACUCCAUUCCGCUCUAAUCGCGAAGGUGGUGGACAAACUCCUGGAGCGUCCAGUGUGGUCAGCUUCACCACUCCAGGGUCACAGACCCAGGGUUCUGUGAGCCAACAGACACCCUUGAGAGACAACUUGAACAUCAACCCAGACGAUGCCCUAGAAGCUGGUGGAGCAACUCCUGCAGCCAUGAAAAGCUAUCAGCGCCAGGUCCGUGACCAACUUCGUCAGGGUCUCAGCACCUUGCCCACACCUAAGAAUGACUACGAAAUCGUGGUGCCUGAAGAUGAAGGGGCAGACGGAGGGAUGGAGCCUAUGAUAACUGAUGAGGAUCAGGCAGACAUAGAUGCUCGACGAGAGGAGGAGAUUCGGAGGAAAUUACAAGAAGAACUGCGUGCAAGGUCUCAGGUCAUUCAGAGGGCGUUGCCAAGACCGGCUGACAUGAAUAUGAGCAUCAUUAGAACAGACGCUCAGUCUCUGACUGAAAUGCAAAAAGCUGAGGAGUUAAUUAAGAAAGAAAUGCUGGUCAUGAUGCAUUAUGAUGCUGUUAAAAAUCCAACUCUGUCCCAAAUGGGCAUCAAGGAUGACAAGAUGAAAGGGUCAAAGCCAUCAGGUCCGUUGAACGAGUCGCAGUACUUGAAUUUCCUUCAGAAAAACCCUUAUGAUAAUUUUGAUGAGAAUGACAUCAAAUAUGCUAAGCAGUUACUUGCGGAUGAGCUGGAAGUUGUAAAACAAGGCAUGGGCCACGGAGAUCUACCUUUCGACGCCUACACUCAAGUGUGGAAUGAAUGCUUGUCCCAAGUUCUGUAUCUGCCGUCACAGAGCCGAUACACCAGGGCCAACUUGGCCAGCAAGAAGGACAGACUGGAGGCUCUGGAACGCAAACUGGAGAAUAACAGGCAGCACAUGGCCAAGGAGGCAAAGAGGGCUGCAAAAAUUGAAAAGAAACUGAAGAUUCUUACUGGUGGAUAUCAGUCUCGCGCCCAAGGUUUGAUCAAGCAACUAUUGGACUUGCAUGAUCAAUUGGAGCAAUCAAAGACGGAGCUGUCUACUUUUGAGUUCCUACAAAAUUUGGAGCGUAAUGCCAUUCCAAGGCGCUUGGAGUCUGUUACUGAAGAUGUCAAGAAACAAACUGAUAGAGAAAAUCAGUUGCAAGCAAAGUUUGAUAUGCUCUCGACUCACUGCGGCCAGUCUGAAAAUCUGCGAAAGAGGCUGGCUGAGAGUGUGGAGAUGUUGAACCCUCAGGCUGGCCCCUCAUCCAGGGAUGAUGAAUAUGAAGAAAUGGAGCAGGAGGAAACCGAGGUCGGGGAUGUGGAAACUGAAGUCGAGGCAGUGGAAACUGUUCAAGAACAACAGCAAGAAGAUGAGGAGGAUGAAGGAGAAGAACGUGCUGAUGAAGAAAAUGACGAAGAAGAGGAAAAUGAAGAAGAGGAAGAUAAUGAUGAUGGCGAACAGGAUUAAACACAGUUUCUAGGUAUCAAUAAAUAAAUAAUAGUAGUUGUAUGAAUAUCGUUUUUAGUAUUU